AUGAAGCUCUGCCUCGGCAUCCUUGUGCCCCUGGGCCUAGCUUUGCUCGUCACUCCAGUGGCUUCGCGAGCCAUCAAACUCUUCGACCUUGGCGACGACGACGGUACCCCUACUCGCGUCCAGAUGGAAAUGGAUAGGGAUGUCCUCGACAACGUUGACUUUUGGGACACAGCAGCCACCAGUGCCACUCCAAUCGCUGCAGAAGUCGACCUCCUGAAGACUCACGGCCCGUACGACGGCUAUGGCGGAUUCAACGCCCAGGCGCUUCAGUCAGGUCUUGCCCUCCCCAUGCCUCGCAGCGUGGUCAGGUGUCCCCCUGGCGGGUGCAACGAGACGUUCUGGGCCGAGAGGAACAACAAGAGGCAGACGUUGCCGUCGCCACUUCCUACCACACUGCCGGCUCUUUCACGGGAUUUCCAAGUCACAUGCGCACCUCCAUCCUGGUCAUUCACUGGCAACCCUACGACGUCUAAACUGUCUGCGACGUGUUACAACCAGCAGGGCCAGUUGAUACGCUCCAGUGUACUGAUCGACAACUGCAUCGGCAACAACUAUGGCAAAAUGGAAUGCUACCUCCCGCUCAAUCUCUUCUGGGCCACGACUUGCAACAGCUGUUCAGUGUCGUCCAGCUGGAUCAUGACAUGCCUUUGUAACAAUGGCGAUGCAAAGUGCUUUGGCAACAACAACGGCCAGCUGUAUUGCAACAACCAUCCGCCAUGA